AGCUCAGCCACCGAAGCUUGCCGCACAGGUCAGUGGGCAUUCAUGGCAUGGAUCCAUGGCAUGGGCCAACCCGACCUGGCCUACCUUCCAGCUCCAGCUUGCCGCCUUGGAACUGAGGUUUCGCUUCAGGUGAGGGAGCAAGCUGCGCCCGUCCCACCACCGCCUACCUACCUCACCCACCCACCGCCUUUGACCGUUUCCAAUCCAGUGGACCAAGGGCCUAGUUCGUCCAUCCGUCUGUCUCCGCUUCUUCCUACCUGUGGGCUCCAAACCUCUCCUCUUUCUCGCUGCUGGCCUCUUUUUCCCACCCCGACUUUCCACCUCAUCACCACCACCGCCACCACCACCUCUUCCUCCCAGCAACAGCUCCUCCGCUCGAUUGCUGUUAACAAGCUCGGCGCAUCGGCUCACCUUUCCUCUGCACUUUCGCAUUUUUCGAUUGCGCAUUUCGCAGCAUCCGCAGAGACAGACCCCAAGCCGUCCUGCGGGCAUUGCUUCCGCCCAUUUGAAACAGCAAGCCAAGCUCCUGCUCAGCGCAGUUCUCGCCACCCGCCCCGCGUUUCCUCGCCUCGUCAUCGCCGCCAUCGAUACUGUCCCCGGCUACUGCGCGCCCGGACAAGGACACGGAAGCACUCCGAAGCAAUGGCUCCUCCGCCGAACUCGAACCUGCCGCUCCAGGAGCGGCUCCUGGCCCUCGCCAGAACCCUGCAGUUUGCAUGGUUUGUUGGGCACCUGACGCUCAUCCUCUCCACCAUCCGGUAUGCCUUCUCUUGGCUGCGCAUGAACUACUACGGCGGCGUGGCCCAGUUCUCGUACCGAACCUCAUUUGUCGCCGCCGCGGUCACCUACGGAAUCGUUGUCUACAAGACGCAGCGGGCGCGCGCCAAGUCGGGCAGCAAAAUGCCCGGCGGCAUCGUCGGUCUCCUGUCCGAUGAGAAUGUCCAGUAUCUGCUCAUGGCUCUGGUCUGGCUCUUCUCUCCUCAGUACCCCAUUGCCCUGCUGCCGUACUCGGUCUACUCGGUCUUCCACGUCGCCACGUACACGCGCGCCAACCUGUUGCCCGUCCUCCAGCCUCCCCCGCCCGCCGCGGAUGGGUCCUCUCCCCGCGUCAAGACGAGCAGCCCCCUGGCCGAGCGCAUCGGCAACUUCGUCAAGGAGUACUACGACGCAUCCAUGUCCAUCGUCUCGGCGCUUGAGAUCCUCAUCUGGAUCCGGGUCCUGCUUUCGGCUGUGCUCUUCCAGCGCCGGUCCUGGAUCCUGCUCGCCCUGUACACGGCCUUCCUUCGCGCGCGCUUUGCGCAGAGCAGCCAUGUCCAGAACUCGGUGACGCAGCUCGGCGCUCGCGUUGACUCGCUCGUCGGCGCUCAGGGCACGCCUCCGGCCGCUCGGCAGGUCUGGGACGGCGUCAAGUCGGGCGCCAGGCAGUUCCACGACGCGACGGAGCUGGGCAAGUACGUCAACACUGCCGGCCCGGCCAAGAAGACUUCGUAAGCGGCCACGGCUGCAUCACGGAGAGCACCUGAACCGCAGUCAAGUCGGCAGCAGCAUCAUCAUCCGUUGUACAAAUUGCUGCGCGACGACGGGCCUCGGAACUGCUCAGUCAAAAGGGCGUCGAGGUCGGCAUGGGUCAGCGAUGCGCAGUCAAGCACAGUCGUCAUGUGGAGUCUACCCCUGAGAUUGGACCCUCAUCGGCCGGCGAACCGAUCGAGCCGAGAUCAUGGUUCGCAACAAGGAGUAGAGGCGGGGAACAGGGUUGCGGCACGGCAGCCUUUGGACAUGGAAGAACGGAGGGAGGCAGAAAAGUAUAGGUUAUAAGCGAUGGGAGUGGGGCAGUAUUCUGGCGGUCGAGAUGGGGGGAGAUGUUACAAAUGAUGAGGACAGGAGCUAAAGCUUGGGUGGCGGCAGCGGCGGCAGCAGCAGCAGCAGCAGCAUUCGAUGGAUGUAUUCAUUCACGCGUGCGGUGUUGGCAGGGGGGAUUGUACUUUGUAACAGUCGGCUUGGUUUGGUUUCUCGUCCAUGAUUACGCAGCAGGGAACAAAGAUGCAGACUUUAAAC